CGAGGCGCGCCGCUCGCGCCCCCACUCCUCGCCUCGCCACGACAGCACCUCGACCUCGACACCUCCCCGUCCUCAUCGACGCCACGCGCCAAAUGCGAGCCCCGCCGCCGCCAGCCGCCCGUCGUAUUGCUCCCCUUUUCCUCCGAUCGGUCCGGUGGGCAUGGCUACCAGCAGCAGCAAUCCAUUUGGCUUCGCCUUGAAGGGGCUCCGAGGCCGCGACGGUGGCAAUUGUGGCAGCUACUACAGCAUCCCCGACCUAAGCGAUCAGCGAAUAGAUACACUGCCAUACACUAUCCGUGUUCUUCUUGAAUCUGCGGUGCGCAACUGUGACGAGUUCCAAAUAACCAAGGAGGAUGUAGAGAAGAUCAUGAGUUGGGAGAAGACCUCCCUGGAGCAAGUUGAAAUCCCAUUCAAACCCUCACGUGUGAUACUUCAGGAUUUUACCGGUGUGCCUGUCCUUGUUGACCUUGCAAGCAUGCGCGACGCAAUGUCGGAAUUAGGCGGCAACCCUGAUAAGAUUAAUCCUAUGGUUCCAGCAGACCUUGUAAUUGAUCACUCAGUAACUGCUAAUGUGGUGAGGUCAGAAAAUGCGAUACAGGCCAAUAUGGAACUGGAAUUCGAGAGAAACAGGGAACGGUUCGCCUUCCUUAAAUGGGGGUCUUCUGCAUUUCACAAUAUGCUUAUCAUACCUCCUGGUUCUGGUAUUGUUCAUCAGGUAAAUCUUGAGUAUCUUGCCAGAGUUGUUUUCAACAGAGAUAGCCUUUUUUAUCCCGACAGUGUUUUGGGGACUGAUUCCCACACUACAAUGAUUAAUGGACUGGGUGUUGUUGGUUGGGGAGUUGGAGGGAUUGACGCUGAGGCAGCUAUGCUUGGUCAGCCCAUGAGCAUGGUGUUACCUGGUGUCGUUGGAUUCAAGCUGCAUGGAACACUGAGGAAUGGGGUCACAGCAACUGAUUUAGUUCUCACGGUUACCCAAAUGCUUCGGAAACAUGGUGUUGUUGGAAAGUUUGUGGAGUUCUAUGGCCGAGGUAUGAAAGAGCUUGCAUUGGCUGAUAGAGCAACGAUUGCAAAUAUGGCACCAGAGUAUGGAGCAACUGUUGGUUUCUUUCCAGUUGACCAUAUCACCUUAGAAUACCUUAAAAUGACCGGAAGAGAAGAUGAAACUGUAUCAACAAUAGAGGCAUAUCUACGUGCAAACAAAAUGUUUGUGGAUUACAAUGAACCUAAAAUAGAACCGACAUAUUCAUCCUACAUAGAAUUGGAUCUGGGAGAUGUUGAGCCAUGUAUUUCUGGUCCGAAGAGACCUCAUGAUCGAGUCACCUUAAAAGAGAUGAAGGCAGACUGGCAUGCAUGUCUGGAAAACAAAAUUGGUUUCAAGGGUUAUGGUGUCCUGAAAGAUCUGCAAGAUAGAGUUGUGAAGUUUAAUUUUCAUGGGCAAACUGCAGAGCUUAAACAUGGGACUGUUGUCAUAGCUGCUAUCACAAGCUGCACAAACACAUCAAACCCCACCGUUAUGAUUGCUUCUGGGUUGGUUGCAAAGAAAGCUCAUGAGUUGGGCCUUGAGGUCAAACCAUGGAUUAAAACAAGUCUUGCACCUGGAUCAGGAGUUGUUACCAAAUAUCUGCUUAGGAGUGGUUUGCUGAAGUACUUAAGCGACCUGGGUUUCAAUUUAGUUGGGUAUGGCUGUACUACUUGUAUCGGAAAUUCAGGUGAUCUUGAUCAAAUCGUUGCAGACGCAAUUACAGAAAAUGACAUCAUCGCGGCUGCUGUUCUUUCUGGAAACCGUAACUUUGAAGGGCGGAUACAUCCAUUAACUCAAGCUAAUUAUCUUGCUUCUCCUCCUCUAGUCGUCGUAUAUGCUCUUGCCGGCACUGUUGACAUCAAUUUUGAAGAGGAGCCAAUUGGAACUGGAAAGGGCAACAGACCAAUUUUCCUUAGGGACAUCUGGCCAUCUACCGAUGAAGUUUCAGAGAUUGUGCAUUCCAAUGUCUUGGUUGAUAUGUUCAAAAGUACUUAUGAGGCAAUUACGAAAGGCAAUCCCAUGUGGAACCAACUGGUGGUUCCAACUGCGGAUGUUUACUCUUGGGAUCCUAAUUCAACCUACAUCCGUGAGCCUCCUUUCUUUAAAGGCAUGAGUAUGGCUCCACCUGGGCCGCAUAGUAUAAAGGAUGCCUACUGCUUGUUGAGCUUUGGUGACUGUGUCACGACAGAUCAUAUUUCACCAGCUGGGAGCAUUCAUAAGGAUAGCCCAGCUGCCAAGUAUCUUGUUGGCCAUUCUGUGAAGCCCGGGGACUUUAAUUCGUAUGGCAGCCGUCGCGGAAACUAUGAAGUAAUGAUGAGGGGAACCUUCGGCAAUAUUCGGAUUGUAAACAAGCUUUUGGAUGGUGAACCUGGACCGAAAACAAUUCACAUUCCAACAAGAGAGAAGCUUUAUGUCUAUGAUGCUGCCAUGAGGUAUAAGACUAAUGGGCAAGACACAAUUGUAUUGGCGGGUUCUGAAUAUGGGACUGGAAGUUCGAGGGACUGGGAUGCAAAAGGCACCAUGUUGCUGGGAAUAAAGGCUGUAAUUGCCAAAAGUUUCGAAAGAAUCCAUCGAAGCAAUUUAGUCGGGAUGGGAGUAAUUCCUCUGUGCUUCAAGUCUGGAGAAGAUAUGGACUCAAUUGGUUUGACGGGACAAGAACAAUACACUAUUCAUCUUCCAAGCAGUGUUCAUGAAAUGCAGCCCGGCCAGGAUAUUGUUGUUACUACAAGCACACGAAAAUCGUUUACAUGUACACUUCGCUUUGACACAGAGGUGGAACUGUCUUACUUUGAUCAUGCGGGAAUACUACAAUACGUUAUGCGAAAACUUAUCAAUUCAGCACGUUAGUAUCUUCGAGACGCAUGGGAAAUUAAAGCAUGAGGUCCUGAACUUUCUUCUUUUUGUGUUUCCUUGUAUAUAUUAACUAUGCCCUGUAGUAUGAAAUUUUAUGAUUUUUUUUAUCUUUGCUUUGAAAUAAGGCGAUUACGAUAACCCAUCGAUGUUGAAGCAUGAUUUGUAUGCAUCUGACUAUCCUUUAGCAUGCAUGUGAGAUUGGAUAAGAAAGAAUACGUCACAUAUGAAUAUUAUAAGAUGUUAGUUUGCACA